GCUUCUCAUCAUUUCUGUUGAGCGCAACAAAUCCUCACCACACUGUUUACUAUAUACUCUUACCAUAUCAACAUAAUUAUUUCACUGGAUAUCCAACUCCAAGAUGUUCGGGAGCAGCAAAUAUCACCCUGAGACCGACAUUCCAGACUUAUCUGGAAAAGUCAUCCUCAUCACAGGCGGCAACACAGGCUUAGGCAAAGAAACCAUCCUGCAACUCGCCAAACACAACCCAUCAGCCAUCUACCUCGCCGCGCGGACGCAAUCCAAAGCUGAGGGCGCCAUCGAGUUCAUCCGCUCCGCCGUGCCCGAGCUGAACCAGGACCACCCCCAAACCAAGCUCAUCUACCUACCCCUCGACCUCACCUCAUUCGGCUCCAUCAAAGCCGCCGCCGAGUCCUUUAAUGCCUCUUCCACGCGUCUCGACAUCCUGAUCAACAACGCCGGCAUCAUGGCCACGCCCAUGGGCACGACGACGGAAGGCUACGAGAUCCAGUUCGGCACCAACCACGUCGGCCACGCCCUAUUCACCAAGCUCCUUCUCCCCACGCUGUUGCGCACAAGCGAGGAAUCCAAUUCCGACGUGCGCAUCAUCAACGUUUCGUCUGAAGGCCAUCGCCUAGCUCCGUCGGCGGCAGUGGUCACCGACACUACGGUCCUCGGAAAGAGCAAUACCUGGAGACGCUAUGGCAAUUCGAAACUCGCAAAUAUCUAUUUCGCGAAAGAACUUGCACGGCGGUACCCCAGUAUCAAGUCCGUUGCGGUGCAUCCGGGUGUCAUUUAUACCAAUCUCUACGCCUCCACGACUUCGGCGUUUGGCUUUGUCUCGAAGAUUGCGCUGACUGUUGCCUCGUGGUUCAUGAGCAGCGUGCCCCAGGGCGCAAGGAAUCAGCUCUGGGCCGCGACGACAAAGCCGGCGAAGGAAGUCGAGACGGGCGCGUUUUAUGUCCCUGUUGGACGCAAGUCAGGUGGGUCGGGUCUCGCGCGGAACGAUGACAGGGCGAGGAAGUUGUGGGAUUGGACAGAGGCUGAGUUUGCAAAGCAUGGAUUUUGAUCGCUUUUUUUGCCCCGCCGGGGGGGCCGGGGGGGGGCGCGUUGGUGUUUAUUUAAAUUUGAUCAUUUCUUGGUUUUUUUUCUUCUCUUUUUAUCCUUUCUUUUGUUUUCUUUUCUUUUCUUUUUAUCCUUUCUUUGCUUUUCCUUUCUUUAUUUAAUUUUCAUUCUUAUUCUUAUUUUUCUUAUUCUUAUUUUUCUUCUUUUUUUUUUCUUCUUUUUUUUUUCUUCUUUU